AUGUAUCUCUUCUUCGAUCGCCUUCUGCUCCUCGUGCUGCUAUGUUCCCCCGUCGCGGCGAUCGGCAUGUCAUGCUUCAAAGUGGUCUCCGCGCUGGUCGGCCGACCGAGUCACAUCUUCGAUAAAUUCCAGAGUGAAAUCUGCGAUGCUGGAUGCCAGCCAACAAUCCCUCACUGGGAUCUCUGGACGCGCAACAAUACCUUCGUCCCCGCCGUGCGCAGCCUGAUGCUGCAGAUGAACGUGCCCCACAAGGAAGAGGCUCUGUUGAAGAUGGGCGACGACGUCGCAAUCACCAUCAAAGAACGCUGUGGGCCAUUGCUCGGGGGUGGAACACAUAUCUGCUCGGAUGCGGACACUCUGGCCGGCUUUGGCAACUGCUUCAAGACCAAUUUCCUCAAGGCCUCGAUCAAACAUCUCCCGAUUUUGGUCCCAAUGGCUUCGGAAGAAUCAUGCAAGAAGCAACUGACCUUCUUGGAGGGCGAUGAGCUGUGGGAUAUCACCAUUCCCCAGAAUAUGCGCGACUAUGCGAAAGUCUGCGACACAUUGGGAUCUAAUGACCAUGAUGAAUUGUGA